AUGUUCCCAUAUGUUGAGAGCUAUGAUGGCUAUGCCGUUCGUCAACUCAUGAUAGACAAUGUGGAUAUUCUUGGAUAUCUCAGUUUUAUCUAUCUUGCCUUUGUAUGGAAAGGACCCGCAUUGGUCCGGCGAUUGAAUGGGGAAUCCAUGCGGAUCAGUUCCUCACCAUUAUUAACAUUUCUCUUUAUUGUGUGGAAUUUCAUUCUUUCCUCAUUUUCCUUUUUUGGUAUGAUUGUGGUGGUCCCAGCAUUAGUUCAGAAUGCCUAUCAUAAAGGAUUUAUGCAUGCCAUUUGUGAUAAGAAUGAUAAUAUGAUUUAUUCUUCUUAUGUUGGUUUUUGGAUUGGUAUGUUUGUCCUUUCAAAGGUACCGGAAUUGGUGGAUACGAUAUUAUUAAUUUUACAAGGGAAACAACCUCCAUUUCUUCAUUGGUAUCAUCAUGUUACGGUAUUAGUUUUCUCUUGGCAUACGUAUUAUGAUGGAGUCAGUACAAUGAUUAUCUUUGCUGCUAUGAAUUUAACCGUUCAUUUCAUUAUGUACUUUUACUUUGCCAUGUGUGCAUGUGGAUUUAAAAAGACAAUGCGUAAAGUUGCCCCACUUAUCACAAUGAUGCAAAUUUUACAAAUGGUGGUGGGAACAGGAGUAACUGGGUAUUCUCUUUACAGUGUAUAUCUAAUCCCAGCAGAAGCAGAGAGUGGGCAGAGGUGUCAUGUAUCCAAAUCCAGUGCUCGUAUGGGAUUUCUCAUGUAUGUGAGUUAUCUAUAUCUCUUCUCAGUGAUGUUUGUGAAUUCCUACUUGACACCAAAGAAGCGAACAGCAGGGACAGGGGCAGUGCUGGAUAAUGGAAAGGCAAAGAUGGCGUAA